GCGGGUUUCAGUUGGGUCUCGAGGUUGCGGUGCUGAGCUGUUGAGAAGUGGGUACAGCUCCGCCAGAUGCUGCUGCUCCGGUCUCUGCGGCACGCCAUGCCCCUCAGCUUCUUCCGGCGCGUCCUCCUGGCGGUCCUACUACUGGUGAUCAUCUGGACCCUGUUUGGGCCUUCGGGCUUGGGGGAGGAGCUGCUGAGCCUGUCCCUGGCGUCCCUGCUGCCGGCCCCAGCCUCGCCAGGACCGCCCCUCGCCCUGCCCCGCCUCUUGAUUUCUAACUCUAGGACCUGUGGUGGCUCCGGACCCCCUCCCUUCCUGCUCAUCCUGGUGUGUACGGCCCCAGAGCACCUGAACCAGAGAAACGCCAUUCGGGCAUCCUGGGGCGCCAUCCGCGAAGCCCGGGGUUUCAGAGUGCAGACGCUCUUCCUCCUGGGAGAACCUAUAAGACAGCAGCUUGCUGACCUGGCUUCAGAGUCAGCAGCACACGGGGAUAUCUUGCAGGCUUCCUUCCAGGAUUCCUACCGCAACCUCACCCUCAAGACCCUCAGUGGGCUGAACUGGGUCAACAAAUACUGUCCUAUGGCCCGCUACAUCCUCAAGACGGAUGAUGACGUGUAUGUCAACGUCCCAGAGCUGGUGUCAGAGCUGAUACAGAGAGGGGGGCCUUCGGAGCAAUGGCAGAAGGGCAAAGAGGCACAGGAAGAGACAACAGCUAUCCGUGCAGAGCACAGAGGCCAGGCAGUGCCCCUUCUAUAUUUAGGCCGGGUGCACUGGAGGGUGAGUCCCACUCGGACACCAGAGUCCCGGCACCAUGUGUCAGAAGAACUGUGGCCAGAAAACUGGGGUCCUUUCCCACCCUACGCCUCGGGUACGGGGUAUGUACUGUCUAUCUCUGCUGUGCAGCUCAUCCUGAAGGUGGCCAGCCGGGCCCCACCUCUACCUCUAGAGGAUGUCUUUGUAGGAGUAAGCGCAAGGCGAGGGGGCCUUGCCCCCACACACUGUGUCAAAUUGGCUGGUGCUACCCACUACCCCCUGGAUAGGUGCUGUUACGGGAAGUUCCUGCUGACGUCCCACAAGGUGGAUCCCUGGCAAAUGCAGGAAGCCUGGAAGCUGGUGAGCAGGCUCAACGGGGAGAGGACUGAGCCCUUUUGCUCCUGGCUCCAGGGAUUUCUGGGUACCCUGAGGUGCCGGUUCAUAGCCUGGCUCAGAAGUUGAGAACCUGGGGCCACAGAAAACAGAGAUCUUUGCCCAAAGUUGGUGCAGAGGUUGUAGUUCCCUGUGGUGAUCCAUCUCCUCCAUUUCCUCACAGCUGACUCAGCUACCAACCAAGGAUAGACAGGCUGGGGCCUGGCCUGCCAGCUCCAGGGAAGGAUAAAGCCAAGGGCGGGAGGGGACUCACCAGCAGGGACAAGGGUCCAAUAAACAUGUCUCUCUACCUCAAGUGCAGCGUCUUCACCAGGCCCCCAGCACACCUGGAGAGCCCAGAGCUUCCAAUACUGCUCCAUGUUGGGUUUUGUGACAACCACUCUGGGGCAAAGGCUUGAGCAGUGGUGGGGAGACAGGCAGGGCAGUGAGCUGAGUCUAGAACAGCCACACAGGGGAAGAACAGAUCUACAGGAUGGUCCAGACAUGUCUCCAGAAACUGUGUUUAAUGUCCGCACACCCAAAGAGCUGUCUGCUCAUACCCAGUUAAGA